UUUAUCAAAAUAUUUUUAAAAGUCUAUGAACAUCCAGGUAUGGGUUUUAGCUUAAGGCUUUAUCUGACAUCUACAGUCACACUAGUUAGGACAUAACUAUAAUUAUAAUUGCCCUGUGAGUUACCAAAGGAUUUCUGUGACCUUUUUUAAGGGAACUAGAGCUACUUGUGUAUAGUUAAGCCUUCUCUGUAUAGUUAAUGGAGCCUAGAGGGAUUUUCUGUGUCCCUGGAUCUUAAGGUCUGACUACCUUCUUAUUGCCAUCAUCCACUGAAGUUGGGGAAAAGGAACUCAGUUACAGGAUUUUAAGAGUUCUAGAAUGGUGGAGAGGGUGCCAUUUCAAGUGGGUUUGUUUAGCAGUAAAGCACAAUUCUGCCAGUCAUAAAAUUUGUUUCUUUUAGGCUUGAAAAAUUCACAGGGAGAGUUAAGUUUUAGGAAUGAGCUAUAACAAAAAUGCAAAUUAAAAAGGAAUUGUGAGGACACUUUUCUUUUGUGGGGGAUUGGGCAGGUUAUUUGGAACUAGACAGAGGUUCAUCAGAUCAUUAAGCCUCUUCUGGUGGAUUGUCAAACAUCUCCAAAUACAUUUGGGCAGCGACAAUCUCCCACUUUGCCAUGUAGUCCUCUCUCCAACUGCUUCUAUCCUGAUCUAUGACAUCACUAGAAUAGUAACAGUCCAGGUGUGUCAUCACUGUUGCCAAGGGCAAUAUCAGUACAACAAGGCAAGAUGCUCAGAAGACACCAUCUAAGAUUUGAUUGGCAUGAAAGCACGUCCCAAAGUAUAUACUUAUCCCUUAUUUUGUACCAAGCACUAAAUUAGGCACCGUGAAGGGAUAGGAAAAAAGGCUCUGCCCUCAAGAAGCCGUUGAGGAAGCAAGACUCCUGAAACAGGAAGUUUUCAGCAUGACAGCAGGAAUCUUCAGGGUCUGCCUGGUGGUGGUCACUGCCAUCAUUAAUCAUCCAAUCCUGUUUCCUUGGGAGAAUGCCACGAUCCCAGAAAAUGAGGAGGAAAUCAUCCACAAGAUGAGGGCGCAUCAGGAGAAGCUGCAGCUGGAACAGUUGAGGCUGGAGGAGGAGGUGGCCAGGAUGGAGAAAGAGAAGGAAGCCUUGAAGCAGGAUGCUGAGGAUGGCCAGCAGCAGAACGAAGGUCGGUUGGCCUGGGACCUAUGGAGCACACUCUGCAUGAUCGUUUUCCUGAUGAUUGAGUUGUGGAGGCAGGACUACCUGGAUGGCAUCCCCCCCGACUCUCCUGGGGAGGAAGAUGACCUUCCCAGCCCAAGGACCACUUUCCAAGGCAUCAUCCUCCCGGAUAAGGUGACGCUCUCCCACUUUUAUGAGCGAUGCAUCCGAGGGACCACCGGAGACGCCGUCCGGACGCGGGAGUUUGUAGAAGGCUUUGUGGAUGAUCUGUUGGAGGCCCUGAGGAGUGUGUGUAACCGGGACUCGGACAUGGAGGUGGAAGACUUCAUUGGGGUGGGUAGCAUGUAUGAGAACUGGAGGGUGGACAAGCCAUUGUUGUGCGACCUCUUUGUACCUUUCACACCCCCAGAGCCUUAUCGCUUCCGCCCAGAGGUCUGGUGCCUCAGCAAAUCUGUCCCCUUGGACCUCCAGGGUUAUGGCCAGAUCAAGGUGGGCUGGCUCAACGAGGACUCUGUGGGCUGCAUCUGUGGCAAGACCAAGCUGGGGGAGGACUUGCUCUGCCUUCUGCACAGUAAGAACAAGAUGGGGUCCAGCAGCGAGAUGGAAGACCUGCUGUGUUUCAAGGACUCUCCCUUCUUAGAUAUGGAUCAAGUCAUGAAGUGGUUCCAGACAGCCCUCACCAGAGCUUGGCAACAAAUCUCCCACAAGUACGAGUUCGACCUGGCCUUUGGCCACCUAGAUACCCCUGGAUCCCUGAAGAUCAAGUUUCGCUCAGGGAAGUUCAUCCCCUUCAACCUCAUCCCAGUGGUCCAGUGCGAGGAUUCGGACCUCUACUUCGUCUCUCACUUCCCCAGAGGCCGCCCUGUGGGGGCCCCCGCCUCCAGUACGCACUGGUUCCUCUCCUUUGCUGUCUAUGAGAGACACUUUCUUAAGAUGAUCACUAAGGCACUGCCAGAAAAUUCCUGUCACCUCAGCUGCCUCCAGAUUGCCUCCUUUCUACUAACGAAGCAAAAUCGCCUGACGGGAGUCAGUGGUCUCAACAGCUACCACCUAAAGACAGCUUUGCUUCAUCUGCUGCUGGCCCGGUCAGCUUCCGACUGGGGGUCCGGGCACCUGGAAUCCCGACUGAAUGACCUACUCCGCUUCCUCGAGAAGAGCCUUCUGGAAAAGAAGCUCUACCACUUCUUUGUGGGCAACCAGAAGGUGCCCGCCACCAUGGGUAUCCCUGAGCUCUUCAGGCGGGCAGAGCCCUUAAACCUUUUCUGUCCUUUUGUCCUUCAGCGAAGUCUCUAUCAGAAAACAGUAGAUUCCUUCUAUGAGAUGCUGAAGAACGCAUCUACCCUCAUCAGUGAGUAUUCCUUGCAUGUCCCUGUGGACCACUCCAGCUCACAUCAGAAACGGACCCUCUCCUAAGGUAGCAGGAAUGCAAGGGCCAAGGUCAGGGGGAGUAAAACAUGACUCUCUCAGGCCCCAGGCCUUCACAAUCACUUGGAAAUCCAGACCCGAAAAGAAGCAGACAUUCUCAGGAGCUGAUGCUCAUCCUCUGGAGGAAACCAGUGGCCUCCAGGAGCAGGGAAUGUAGGACUUGGGGACCCCCAAAGGAAACAACUCGACUGCUUUUAUGUCAUAUUAGUUGGUUGGUGAUUGAUGGUUCCAUUUACUUUAGGAAUCAUUCCUUUUUAAAUUCUGUUUGAUUUUUCUCUCCUUUCUCCUUCCUUCUCCCAACCACUAUGGAGUUGGUAUUCUACAGCAGGAAAGUGAGGAACAAUUCCAAGUUUUUUGACUUGGGUGUAAUCAUUUUUGUUUGUUUGUUUGUUUUUACAUCAGGUUCACAAUCUCUACUUGAAUAGCUUUGCUUAAAAAAAAAAAAAAAAAAAAAAAAAAAAAGCAGAGCAGGGA